UGGGCGGCGCGGCCGGCCGUCACACCGCGCCUGCUGACGGCCGUGACGCAGCUGGGCGGACUCAAGUUCUUCAUGUACCUGUUCGCCAGGGUGGUGGAGCUGGAGGCGACCGGGCCGGCACAGGCGACCGCCCUCGACGUCCUGCUGCGGGCAGCCGCCCACCAGUGGCGCUGGACCGGCGACGAGGCCGAGGAGCUGCUGCCGCACAUGGUGGCAGCAGUGCUCGGCUCGCCGCAGGCUGUCGUCUGCGCCCACACGCUGCGGGCGUACCUGAGCGCCUGCAUAGGUGGCGCCACGGUGCUGCUGCGACCGCCUGACACGCUGGCCGGCGUCAGUCUGCGCGAGCCGGUGGUGCGCAGCCCCCACCUGCUGGUCGGCCUCUUCCGACACUGGCGCGUGUGGCUGGAGCCGGAGCUCGGCGAGGCGACCGAUCCCUGCCGGCUUCUGUCGGAGACGGUGCGCCUGCUGGUCUCGGUGCUGAGCGAGCGCCAGAGGUACUACACCUUCAACAUGCACACCCUGCGGGAGAAGCGCCUGUUGCCCGUGCUGCUGGAGUUUGUCACGGCGUACUACACGGACGAGGAGCGGGACGCGCUGCCGGGGCCGAUGGUGGCCGGCCUGCUGCAGCUGAUUCAGAGCUUCGUCGGCUCGCCGCCAGACGUCGCCGUGGUGGCCAGUCUGUGGCGCACCGUGCUGCUGCUGCACCCCACCCGCUGCAUGUUCGUCUGUCAGACCAGAUCCUCGUGCUACUACCUGCUGGACUCGGCGCUGAUCCACAAGCGAGAGCGGGCGCCGGCGCCGAGCCGUGUUUCGGUGGGCUCUGGCUCGACGGGGCCGCCGGCGGCCGCGCGCCGCCCGCUCGCCCGUCCCUCCUCGCCCGGCGAUCUGGCCGACGGCAAGCAGGAGCUGGUCAGCCGGUUCCUGGACAGCCUACCACAGAGCCCCGCACCGCCGCGGCCUUCCACCGUGUCACCGGACUGGCCCUGA